CACGAAAUGUCCUAUUACAAAUUUUUAGAAAUGCGAUACAUUGUGAAGUUCCCCUUAUGAUAGUGAGUGAACAAUUAUAAAAUAACGGCGCACAAGUCGCUGGAUAGAGCUUAUUCGUAUACCGUGCCUUACCUUAUUUUUGGGUCUAUCUACAUUCAACAUCACUAUUUAUCAAAAUAAUAAUGUCCAAUUAACUGUCCAUAAAGAACAGUAAAAUUUCGGUCCAUAUCUGUCCAAAAUUUCGACUUCACAUUUGUAUAACAUCACACCCUCACAGAAGAAGCGUAUCAUGAAUUAUUAGAAAUAAAGUGCCAAAUUAUGCCAAAUUUAUAAGCAAUAAUUAGUUUUAAAUUUAUAAAUCAAACGUCGCCGCGUGGAUGGUUUUGCAAGUAGUAUGUCCGUGUGGGUGGGCAGUGGCUGCGGCGGUGGCGGUGACGUCCGCGCACCAACCGUCGCCACUGUCCUUUCAGCGAACACCUCCAUGGAGUCUGGGAUUGAAGCAGGGGUGCUCCCAACGGUCACAGGGUCACUCGCAUCAGCCCGGGAUUCCUUGGGUUCGCUUACAAGAGCUGCGGAGCCUCUUUACGAUACAGACCAUACAGAUCUCGGUUCGGAGUUGGACGAAGCGGAAAUUAGAAGAGAGUUGAUGCACGAUAAAUGGCGUCUCCUCUUCGAUAGAUUUGAUCCGGAGGGCUUCGGCGAGAUUCCGUGGCCAGACUUCCUACAGACUCUUCAACAUCCUGAUUUUAUAGCGCAGGUGCAACCCCACAAGCGUGAGAUACUAUUAGAUAAAGCUCGUAGUGCGACUAGUGCAUCAAUCACUUUCCAAGAAUUCGUCAAUGUGAUGAGUGGCAAGCGCACACGUAGCUAUAGAUGCGCUGUACACCAGAGAGACCGUGAGGUCAGCUCUGAAAACGACUUCCACCUUAUAUUAGAAGAUCCUACACUUUUUGCAAGAAUGGUGCAUCUUGUGGCUAUGGAGGUGCUCCCGGAGGAGCGAGACCGCAAAUACUAUCAAGAGCGGUACACAUGCUGUCCACCACCUUUCUUCAUUAUAUGCGUGACGUUGCUAGAGUUAGGAGUGUUCGCGUGGUACGCGUGGGGUGCGGGCGGCGUGGCGGCGGCGGCGGGACCCGUGCCGGUGGACUCGCCGCUCGUGUACCGACCCGACCGCCGCCGCGAGCUGUGGCGCUUCCUCACCUACAGCGUGGUGCACGCAGGCUGGCUACACCUCGCGUUUAAUCUUCUCGUCCAAUUGGCGGUGGGCCUUCCACUGGAGAUGGUGCACGGCGCGUUGCGCUGCGGGGCGGUGUACCUGGCGGGCGUGCUGGGCGGCUCGCUGGCGGCGUCGGUGCUGGACCCCGACGUGUGCCUGGCGGGCGCGUCGGGCGGCGUGUACGCGCUGCUGGCGGCGCACCUCGCCAACGCGCUGCUCAACUUCCACGCGAUGCGUUACGGCGCGGUGAGACUCGUCGCCGCCCUCGCGGUCGCGUCCUGCGACGUCGGCGUCGCGGUGCACGCCCGAUACACUAAGCAGGAGGCGCCGCCGGUGUCGUACGCGGCGCACGUGGCGGGCGCGCUGGCCGGGCUCACCAUAGGGCUGCUGGUGCUGAAGCACGCGCAGCAGCGGCUGUGGGAGCGCCUGCUGUGGUGGGCGGCGCUGGGCGCGUACGCGGCGUGCACGCUGUUCGCGGUGCUGUACAACGUGUUCAGCGCGCCCGUGGACGAGCUGCACUACAUGCCGCCCGACCCGCCGCCCGACGCCGGCUUCUGACUGCUCGGGCGCGCCCGCCGCCAGUAGGCUUCGACGCGCUCGCUUCGCCCGCCGACGCUGGUGUACAAGAUACUACGACCUGCUAUCCGGGCUGACUUACAAACGGCGCUAUAUAAAUGGCGAAGUCCGAGUAUUUAUAGAGCGAUCUGUUACUCCUAGUCGAAGCCUAACAUUACAGUCACGUCAGUGUGACCGACUCACAACACGCCUAGUCAAUUUACCUUAGUGUGAUACGCGAUAAGUAGCAUUAUUGGAGGAGGCCCGAGAGCUCGUUGUCGAGUGCCGACGUUUGCCCGUUUUAGUAAAGAUUUAUGAAUCUUUGUUACUAUUAUCGUACUCUCUACGUUUUCGAGAGGUAGAUAGUUUGUACCGUUUCAAUGUUUUGCACUGUUAUUUCCUAACGAGGCCUCCUCGCUAUACUUAAUUGUUAAGUAGUCUUAAUUGUAUUGGAUAGGUGAACUAUUUUUGUACCUACUAUCUGCGUCCGUAGUAUAUAGGUUGAAGGCGUUACCGCAACACAGUAUAAUAUGUUCCGUGUGGACUGACAACUCGACCAAAUGCCGUGUCUAUUUAAUUAUAGGUGUUUUAUACAUACAUAGGUGAAUAUUGAUUUAUAUAAUAAUACCGUUGAACUAGGCAUUUUGUUGAGCGUCAGCGUUGUUAUGCCCAGCACACCAAAGAUUAGAAUAAAACGCGUCCAUGCUUCGAAGGUGAAAAUUUCUUACGUUCUGUAGAAUUUAAUCGAAACUGUUUUAUAUCAACGAAAUUUGCUUCAAUUAAUUGCUCAUUAAAAUAAAAAUGCUUUAUGAAUGUUGAAUAUGCAUAUGUUGUCUGAUUGCUCAAUUGCAAUGAUUGUAUUAUUAAUCUGAAAAAAUGAUGCUCAAACGUGAGUUUUUGUUUUACGCAAUCUGUUUGUUAUGUUCGCUGCAAUGUCUGAAUUUUUCAAGUGAAUUCGUCCAAGUGCAAGUAUUCGGUACCGCCACGGUACAUCGCUUCAAUGUUUUAACGAAUGUGUUACUACUCAUUAGUAAAUAAAUAAUUUAUAUAAUGUGCCUGAUUCCUAUUAAUGUAAAAUUAAUUGUAUAAUUUUAUUAUGAAUCAAAUAAUGUCACGAACCGACUGAUUUUUUUGUAUAAAUUAUUAGAGUGUUUUCAUUUAAUUUAUUUUAAAUUUAUUUUAAGCGUGAAUCGAGAUAAUUAUAAUUAUGUGAUUAUAUGAAGAAUAUAAGAUUGAAUAUGAUUAAAAGUGAUUGAUAACGAAA